AUGGCGCCCUUCCAACCUCAGCCAGCUGAAAUUUCUCACCCAGAUAUUGGCGUGAUUCAAUGUCUCAGCGUCGGCGGGGUAAUACAACUCCUGGGAGUCAAGUAUGCGUCGCUUGAGCACUGGUUUGACAACCCCAAGUUGAGCACAUACGACGGUGGCGGCAUAACUGCCAAAAAGCAUGGGCCGCAGGCAAUUUCCGACCCUCGGGCGGUAGACAAUGAAAUGGUGUCCAUCCAGAAGACGCUGCCAAAGCCCGAUUUCCCCGGCUUGUCGGGCACUGAUUGCCUCACCCUGAACAUAUCGAUCCCAUCGGGAAACCAUUCAACCCCUCUUCCCGUCUUUGUGUUUAUCCAUGGCGGCGGCUUUGCGGUGGGCUCAAACUGGUGGCCGCAAUACGAUAUGGCCAGCAUCGUGCGGCUAUCGGCACAGCUGGGUCAGCCCAUCAUUGGCAUCAAUAUCAAUUAUCGACUUGGGGCACCAGGGUUCGCGGCUUCCGAGGAGCUUGAGCAGGCCGGAUAUAAGACGAACCGUGGAUUGCGAGACCAGAGAGCCUCGAUUCACUGGAUCAAGAAGUAUAUCAGUGGUUUCGGAGGUGACCCCGAUCGUAUCACCGUAGUAGGAGAAAGUGUGGGUGGCUUGUCAGCUGUCCGUCUUCUGUACACAGAGGAGGCUCUCAUCUCUCGGGUUAUCGUCAUGGGCGGUGCCCCGCCGUCCGUUGGCCCCAUCAGCAAAUCAGUGGCCGAGUCGAGCUAUGAAACAUUGAUCGGUGCUCUGGGGUGUAAGGACUUGUCCGCCACGGAACGAAUCAAAGCUCUCCAGGUCAUCUCCAUUGAGGAGCUUCAGAAAGCCCAGAAUCCCACCCUUCCGUUCAUUCCAGUGCUAGACGGAGAGCUCGUACCUUACAACGAGAGUUUCAGCUUCAUGCAGUCCAAGGACUACGUUUUCAAGUCCAAGUCGUCCGAAGCUAUUAUGGUCAUCCACUCUCCCCUAGAUGCUAGUAUCUUUGCAUUCAUGGGUCUAUUUUCUCAGAGAAAAGGCAUCGCCUCGGGAUUUUCCGUCCUCGCCCGCAAGUUGCUCUUCAGUCACCACGGUGCAGCAGAUCGCCUCCUCAGGUGCUAUGGCAUCACCCCGGAGCUUGAUGACCAAGAUGCUUUACUACGAGUUCUGACCUUCGGGUCUGAUAUUGGUAACCAAGCCGCGGCGCGAGCAUUCGCCGCUAGCUUUCCGCGGGAUGCAUUCGUCUUGGAAUUCGCUGAACCAAAUCCCUGGGAUGGCCCCUUCAAGGGUCAUAGUACGCACAUUCUGGACAUCUCGUUCCUGCUACAGAACUACAACGACAAGCUUGACAACACCCAGAGGGCGGCGUCGGAAGAGUUUGCCAAGGCCGUCAUCGCGUUUGUCCAUGGCGAGAAGCCUUGGGAACCGUUCUCGGUGUCUGCGGCCAUCGCGAAAUUAGGGGGUGGUCAGUUGAAAAAUCUCGAGGGAACAGAGGCAAUGACGGAACAGUAUCGCGAGAUGGCAAGUAUUGGCCAAGCCAUUAGAUUCGAUACGCUGCUGGGGCUCUGGCUGGCCUUUGUGUUUGGCUCUUGA